CCCGAAAACAAUCACACGUCUUUCUUCUAGUUCCCCUCUAAAAUCCCAAUCUCCAGCAAAAUUUCCGAAUUAAUUACUCAUCAUCAUCAUCUCAAAUCGUCAGCAACCAACGUGGAGGGAAGUCUCGAGGUGAUGCAAUUUGCUUGAAUAUAAAAAAUUAUAGCAUUUCUGAAGCAGCAGCGGAGAUCAGAUAAGAUAGGUUUCCCAGUUUGCACGCAUCCCAACUUCUGUCCAUAGCUACCUAUAUUUGCCUUCGCUAAUUCACAAGGAUCGCUACCUCGUUCAUCAUCUUCAUCAGAGCUCUUAAUUUUUUUAAAUCUCCGUCGGUGAAAGAUGCAGCCGGCUUCGUGUUCUUCAGAGCCUAAUCAGCGCAUUGCGAGGAUCGCUGCCCACCUUGCCCCUCCCAAUACCAAGAUGGAGGAGAGUUCGGGCCCUGCCCGGUGGAAUUGCAGGGCGAAAGGCGGGUCUUCCGGGUUUAAGGUGGCGAUACUGGGAGCCGCAGGUGGGAUUGGGCAGCCGCUGGCGAUGUUGAUGAAGAUGAACCCACUGGUCUCUGUUCUUCAUUUGUAUGAUGUAGUCAAUACUCCUGGCGUCACUGCUGAUAUUAGUCACAUGGAUACUGGUGCUGUGGUACGCGGGUUCUUAGGGCAGCAGCAAUUGGAAGAUGCUGUUACGGGAGUUGAUGUUGUGAUCAUACCUGCUGGUGUCCCUAGAAAACCAGGAAUGACGAGGGAUGAUCUGUUCAACAUCAAUGCUGGAAUUGUUGAAGUUUUCAAGAAAGCUGGAACUUAUGAUCCAAGGCGGGUUUUGGGAGUCACAAUGCUUGACGUUGUCAGAGCUAAUACCUUUGUGGCAGAGGUUUUGGGUCUUGAUCCAAGGGAAGUCGAUUGUCCAGUUGUUGGGGGUCAUGCAGGAGUUACCAUUUUACCUCUUCUGUCUCAGGUUAAACCUCCAUGCUCUUUCACCCAGAAAGAAAUCGAUUACUUGACUGAUCGCAUUCAGAAUGGUGGUACUGAAGUUGUUGAGGCAAAAGCGGGCACUGGUUCUGCAACUCUAUCCAUGGCCUAUGCUGCUGUUAAAUUUGCAGAUGCUUGUCUUAGGGGCUUAAGAGGAGAUGCUGGUGUCGUUGAGUGCGCCUAUGUAUCCUCUCAAGUGACAGAGCUUCCUUUCUUUGCAUCAAAAGUACGGCUUGGUCGUGCUGGAGUAGAAGAAAUUUACCCACUUGGCCCCCUUAACGAGUACGAAAGGUCUGGGUUGGAGAAGGCAAAGAAAGAAUUAGCAGAAAGCAUUCAAAAGGGGGUUUCCUUUGUCAGGAAAUGAAGGGGGCAUUCUUCCUUGCGAAGCGUAAAGGAGAGCUUCCAGUAGUUUGUUGUUACACAGUCUUGCAUAAUAUGCCGCGAUUACUUGAAAUCAGUAGUUAGGAGACGGUUAUUAAGUCGUAACAAAUAAGGACUUCUUGAAGAUGGGUUCUUCUGAUGGCGAUGAUAGUGUUUUACACAAUAAGGUGAGAAAUUCUGUGUUGGUGGUGAUAUAUAGGCACAUGCAGAUUCAAGCUAUCUAUGUAAAAUAAGCCCUGUAAGUUUCCCCGGAGUUGGUGUAUUUUACAGUUUUUAACUUCACGCCCAAGUGGAAAGACAAUUGGAACUUGGAAGGGACAAUUCUGGAUCCAACAGUUAACUGUGAUUUUGUACCUGCAAUAAAAGAAGAAAAUAAAAACAAAGAUAUUCUCUUGACCAUAAAAGAAGAGGAAACAAGCGAUCAUAUUUGUGGAGCUGUCAGGUCUCUCAGAUGUGGUAUUGUGCACAUUAAGUCUGUUUGGGUUUUCACUUGGAUCAUCAAUUUUUGACUCCUGCACAGUUAUUUAC